AUGCUAAAUUCAGAAAAGAUGAGGUGUAGUGUCCGCACCAGCGUUGACCUGACCAACGGCCAACUGACUCCGAAUAACAACACACCGCUGCUCGCGCAGGCGCUCUCAGUGAUGAACAACUACCAGGCAGCAGCGGCUGGAUUCGGACCGCCAGCGUCACCACACGCUGCUGGCGGACGCGCUGGAUUUCCUGCCGCGAGCUCUCCUGGACCUGCGCUUGAUGUGUAUGGCUCAGCCGCCGACAGCGUUGGAUAUGUGCAAGCCGCCAGCCCGCAGCCCUCUGGAUUCCCGGCGAUCGCAGUCAGCCGCGCGCCCCUCAAUUACACCCCAGGACCCUUGAUUCCUGCGGCUUUUACCAACGGAUAUCAUUGA